AUGCAGCCACGGCAGCUUUGUGGCACGCCCGCUGCAGAGGAUCUGCGCGGCUCGCCCACGGCCCGGCCUAGACAACUGCUACAGAGGACUUUGGAAGCUCCUCUGGCCAAGAACUACGCUGGCGGUGCCGCGGCUGCCAUCGCGACCGUUGCCUUUGCAACUGUCGGGAGCAAGUGCCGCCGCAAGCACCGCAAAAUCCGCUCGCGCUCACGGCGCUUGCCGCGGAGGGCCAUGGCCAACGAUGAUCGCCACCACCCCUCGGCAAAACGCAAUCGGGGCCCCAUUCUCGAGGCCCUCAGACAAGAACUUCCCGAAGAUGGCGCAGGUUUCGUCCUGGAGAUCGCAUCUGGGAGCGGCUGCCACGCGGAGCACUUCGCCAGCGCCUUACCGAAGCUGCAGUGGCAGCCAACGGAGUUCGUCCCUCGCGACCAGCCCACCCGGGCUGCGGUGUUGCAGGAGAUAGACAUUGUGGGUGCGAAGGCGCUGCCCAACGUGCUGCCAGCGCUGCCUCUGGAUGCCUCGGCACCCUGGGAGGAGUGGCCCCCUGAGGUGCGCACCAAGGCCGGCCACUUCACCAUGGUCUACAUGUCCAACGUGACCCACAUCAGCCCGUGGAAGGUGACCUGUGGCGUCCUCGCUGGCGCUGGGCAAGCCUUGGCCAAGGGUGGCCGGCUGGUCAUCUACGGCCCGUUCAAGGUCGAUGGCAAGUGUACCACGCAGAGCAAUGCUGACUUCGAUGAGCGGCUGCGAUCACAGGACCCUGAAUGGGGCUAUCGGGAUAUCGCCGACAUCGCCGCGGAAGCCGAGAAGCACGGCGUCAAGUUCCUGCAGCGGCAGGAGAUGCCAGCAAACAACUUUAUCCUGACCUUCGAGAAGCAGUGA